UGAUGAGGGUUGCUGUAGGUUUGCUGUUUCUGCUGCACUGCCUGUCAGGCUCACAGGCUCAGGGGGAGGAUGGACGCCUCUCUGAGGGAGGGAAUACCUCAAAGCAAACCACCCCUGAUAUCUGGGCAGAGGUAAAGGCAUUGAGAGACAUGGUGGUACAGCUCAAUGUAGAGCAGAGGUACCUGGAGGCCAUAGUGAAGGAAAGUGAGAGCCAGGUGGAGGAACUGAGAGUAGAGCUGAUCAUCACCAAGAUGCAUGUGGAGCAGCUGCAGACAGAGAAUUCAGCCCAGGCUGCAGGACUGCAGUCUUUGGAAACUAUGCUGUCGGCCACUGAGAGCAGAACAUCAGCAUUAGAAAAGGAGAGUACAGACUUGGAGGCCAGACUGAGGCACACUGAGAGUGAACUCGUCACUAGCAAGUCCAGGAUCGACCAGCUGGAAAGAGAAAAUGCAGAGAAACCAAAGGUGGCGUUUUUUGCAGGUUUGAAAAAUGCAGGACUUGUUGGCCCGUUCAACACAGAGAUCACACUAAAAUACAGCAAGGUCUUCACCAACAUCGGCAAUGCUUACAAUCCGGCUACAGGUUUCUUCACGGCACCAGUCCAAGGGGUCUACCAACUCCAGUUCACUUUGUAUGGCGGCAGAACAAGUUAUUCUGCCGUAUCUUUGAUCAAGAACGGUGAAAGUAUUAUGUACAAUGGAGUGGAUCAAUAUGGCGAUUAUUUUACUAACUUUGUUGUCUUGGAGCUCUUAGCCGGAGAUGAAAUUCACCUGGUUCUUCCAGCAAAUAAUGUUGUCUAUGAUAGUACAGGUAACCACACCACCUUCAGUGGCUCUCUCCUCUUCCCUCUUUAAGAAUACAACAGGACUGAUUUGUUUUAAUGGGCUAAUCUUUAUAGAAUAUUGAUUUAUCUCAGCAUCCAUGUAAGUAACAAAUAAUAUGACUUUAAUUUUGAAUAAAGUCUAUUUUCCCUCAUCCAGUAAAAAAAUUCACAUAUUAUUUCAUAUCUCUUUAAAACUUCACAGACAACUCAGUGGACAAGUCAGAACUCAUCUGAACCCUGCGUUAUCAAACAUUCAUCCUUUUACUGUUCACUUAUUUCCUUUAAGAUCCAUGAAAAGUUCCUUUUUUGUAUUUUGUAUUUAAGUUCACGUUAAAAUCUUCUUCGCAUCCAAAAAGGAAGUCAAUUACCCUUUGGUUCCAAAAUGACACAAAAACUGUUUUUAAAAGCAAAAUACUGGAAUUUCAAGAUGCGAUUAAAAAAAGGUGCAAUUAGCGCGAUUACCUACAUGAAAUAUUAGAUGAAUCAUGAUUUGAAGAUCUUCUGUGGUAUUGAAAGAGGCAUUGAAAGUUUGACUUUUACUAGUAUCAUAUAAAAACUUUAAAUCCUGGUGUUAUGACUCACUGAAAUAACCUUAUUACACAACUGUGUAUCACUCAGUUGAUGACCAUCAGCAAGAAGAACACACCGUUACCAAGAAGGAAUAAUUGAUGUUUGGUUGGAAAUCACAGUUCAUUUAAUGAACAAUACCAGUACAGAACAAGAGAGUUAAUGUGCCAAAUUAAAGCUGGUGGCUAAUUUCUCUCUAUAGGUUUUUUUUUUGUUUGUUUGUUUUAGAUGACGCCACACAGCAGUGGAGAACUCCCCUUUGGGGAGUUUUGGGGCUUUAAGCAGUUAGCUGCUGUAUGUCAAGCAUUCAAAGUGCAAAAAUAAAACACUCUUUAUUCUUAAAUGGUCAUGGU